AUGUUUUUACAACCUCUCACUAGCAAACCAGUGUCUGCCGUAAAGCCCACUGCUGCCCCUCCAGUAGCUGAGCCAGGAGUUGGCACAGGUCUGCGUUCAGAACAUCGGGAGAAAAUGAAUAGGAUGCGGCAGCGCAUUGCUCAGCGUCUGAAGGAGGCUCAGAAUACCUGCGCGAUGCUUACCAGCUUCAAUGAGAUUGACAUGAGUAACAUCCAGGAGAUGAGGGCUCGUCACAAAGAUGCUUUUCUGAAGAAACAUAACCUCAAACUAGGCUUCAUGUCGGCAUUCGUGAAGGCCUCAGCCUUUGCCUUGCAGGAGCAGCCUGUUGUAAAUGCAGUGAUUGACGAUACAACCAAAGAGGUGGUGUAUAGGGAUUAUAUUGACAUCAGCGUUGCGGUGGCCACCUCUCGGGGUCUGGUGGUUCCCGUCAUCAGGAAUGUGGAAAGUAUGAAUUACGCCGAUAUUGAACGAACCAUCAGUGAACUGGGAGAGAAGGCCCGGAAGAAUGAACUUGCCAUUGAAGAUAUGGAUGGUGGUACUUUCACCAUCAGCAAUGGAGGCGUUUUCGGCUCGCUCUUUGGAACGCCCAUCAUCAACCCCCCUCAGUCUGCCGUCCUGGGCAUGCAUGCCAUCGUUGAUAGGCCAGUGGUCGUGGGAGGCAAGGUGGAGGUACGGCCCAUGAUGUACGUGGCACUGACGUAUGAUCACCGGCUGAUAGACGGCAGAGAGGCCGUGACUUUCCUCCGCAAAAUCAAGGCAGCGGUAGAGGAUCCCAGAAUCCUUCUACUGGACCUUUAGGAGGAAGCCAUGCACCCUACACAUCAACCAUGCAGGAACUGAAAACCAGUCUUCUCCCUGUCCCCUCAUGGGCCCCAGGUUAGCCUGGUGACGGGCAUAUGCUGUUGGCCUCAAGCAAGGAAACCAGGGCACUACGUAACCAGCAGUCACAGGUCUCUUCUUGGUGUUGCUGCGAGGCUCUCUCCCUCUCUGCACCCUUCUCUUACACUCGAAUAUCUGAUUUCCUUAGGCUGGAGGGAGAGAGAGAGAGCCUCACUGGAUGCUCGUUAAUAUUCCUGCCUUUCCUCCAUUAGUCCUCCACAGAGAUGAUUUUGCUUCUCCCCUGUCCGGUAUGCUAUAGGGAAACCGCCAGGGACCAUGUGAUUAAGUUUCUAUCUUUUGAAAGUUUGUUCUCCAGAGACACCUAGGAGGGUGCUGUGCCUCCCAGGCGCGCAGCAGCCUGUGUACUGGCUGUGCACAUCCUCACUCGAUUCCACCCGUGUGGAAGUGCUGAGCACAGGCCAAGAGGCGCUGCUUUGCUCCUUAAAUGGCACUAGGAUUCUCAGCUGUCAUCGACUUCAGGCCGCCUCUUCUACCUCUUCCAGGAAGCACAGGCUAGGGGGUCUGGAGGGGCAGGGGGUUGGGUAGUGUUGGGAGGGGGCAGAUUCUGAGGUCAUACGCUAUAAAUGAGACAGGAGUAGAACCCAGGCGUGCCCUCACACUCUCUGUCAUAACUCUGCACCAGGAAGACCCAUUUUGGCACAAGUACACAUAGCUGUGGUUGUGCCAGCCUCCCCAGACUGCCAGGAACCAUUCCACCACACUGUUCUCAUGUAGAGCAGAUUCUAGCACAUCUUGGCAGUGAGACAGAACGUGUCAACCAAGGGCUGGGUGGCGCCUGGUAGAGAUUGGAGUGAAGGAGGCUUCCUGUGGACUGGCUCAGAUUGUCUUGAGCUUUUAAAUUCCAUUGGUAUAAGCCUGUGGGCUGAAGAGGCGGUUCUGUUCCUUCCUAUAUCACGGCCCUUAAUGAGCAGAGCCUUAGCUCUUCCUCUACAGAACACAGGUCCAAGAGAGGAUGGAUUGUGGUGGAAACCAGCCCAAGAUGCUAGUACACAGUGGGAAAAUGGCCGAUGUCACCUCUGAGGUGCUUCCUUGGGUCUGGGAACAAUCAUUGGAAUUCUUCGGAACAUAGGUAAAUGUACACAUCUUGUCACAAAAGCUGCUGGGGUUCAUUGCUUUGUAUCCGACUGCAUCCAGGCCUGAGGCUGCUGGCACUUGACAUCGGGAGCCAUUUAUUUAGUGCAGAGUGCCCCUUUGUAUCUUCAGCAAGAAACAAGGCCUGGGGGUUGGGGUUGGGGGAAGGGGUGGGAGCCAGUACUGAGUGCCUGCAGCAUCUACUAUGUCUUCACUAUACAGAACUUGUAACUAAAAUAUUUAAAGAAACUGAUUUUAAAUGCAAAUUAAAGGGCAAAUGUUCGCAAAAAAAAAAA